UCUUUCAUUUCUAAGCACCAAUUAUCACAGAAGUUUGUUAAAUUGAAUCAUCUCCUUCGUUUUUCCUUAAAGAAUCGACCUUUAUGUAGAGAAAAUGCACAACCCAUUACCGGUGGCCUGAAAACCAGAGAACUUGGCCGGCGACUCUCCUUAUAUAAUAACAACCAUCGGUUUCUCAACAGAUUUCUUAGUUCUUACACUAAUCACCACACACUCUUUUAACCAUUCUACUCUUUUUUCCCCUUUGAAAUCUCUAAUUUGGCCACUUUCCCACUUCUCAAUCGCUUCCCCAGUUGACGAUUUGGACUUUUUCUUUUUUCUUUUUCUCUUCAUUCAAACCCCUUACGACCUGUCCAUUUCUCACCAAUUUUUUCUAAAAACACCUAUUUCAGAAUCUCUACCUUUUCUCUGAGCUGAUGGGUCCCUUUUUCAAUGGAAGCUUGUUACUAGAAAAGCUUCCUUUUCUAUGACCGUUUUUUUUUUCUUUGUGGGUCUGUUGCAGCCUUUCCAUAAGCUCUGUGCUGAGCCACAGAUUGAUUGGUUUCUUCCAUUUUAGCUCCCUUCAUCUUUCUCCCUGUUUCAUUACUUCUAUUCUCUUGUCUGGGAGUUGAUUCUUUUGUUUUUUGGGUGUGUUUUGUAAUUUUGAGUUGGCUUCACGGGUUUUGGAUUCUGGUUGGAAGUGGAGUUUGCAAAUACAAAAAUGCUGGGAGUGGAUGUAAAAACAGGGUACAGCCGUUCCAGAAGAAUUCUUUUGUCUUUGCUCUACGCACAUGGCAGCUCGGUCGACAAGAAAGCGGUUCAAGAUGAUCGAUUAAAUAAUUUGCUAGAGUCGUCCAACACUGUAAAACUGGAUAUGGAUCGGGUGAAAGAAGUUGAGAAUAAGAAAAACUCAUCACAAAAGAUUGGCGUGCAUGAUUCUUUGAAGCAGGAGAUUAUUCAACUUGAGAAGCGAUUGCAAGACCAGUUCAAGCUCCGCUCUGCAUUAGAAAAAACGUUGGGUCAUGGGGUCUUUCCAUGUAAUGAAUCAGACAAAAUCUCAAUGCCAAAGUCAGCCGUGGAGUUAAUCAAGGAGAUUGCAAUUUUAGAAGUAGAAGUUGUGCAUUUAGAACAAUAUCUUCUUUCUUUGUACCGAAAAGCAUUCGAUGGACAAUCAUCUUCUGUAUCCCCUUCUGCUAAAGACGAGAAGACGAAAUUGCCUUCAACCCCUGAAGGCAGGAGAAUGGAAGCUCCCCUACCUGAUAUUGCCCCAAAAUAUGUAAACUCAGCAUUCCCGUCUGCUUGUCCGUCACUUCAAAACCCAAGGGAGGAUUAUAGUGAUAUUGGAAGAGAUGAAAAACUAUUGGUAGUCGAUUAUCCUCGUUCUCAAUCAUCUUUGACAACGGUAAAUGCAACUUCCUUGGGUAAAGUGUCUACUUCAGUAGAAUCAUUGGAUAGAACUCUGCGUGCAUGUCACUCCCAACCAGUGUCCAUGAUGGAGUAUGCACAAAAUGUUUCAUCCAAUAUCAUCAGUCUCGCAGAGCAUCUUGGAACUCGCAUUUCUGACCAUAUACCCGAGACUCCUAACCGGCUUUCAGAAGACAUGAUCAAGUGCAUAUCAACUAUAUAUAGCAAACUUGCGGAACCAUCUUCGUUGAAUCUUGGACUUUCAUCUCCAGUGUCUUCUUUGUCAUCAGUUAGUGCAUUUUCUCCAGGAGAACAGUCUGCUAUGUGCAGUCCAGGGUUCAGAAACAACUCAUCCUUUGACGUCCAUUUGGACAAUCCUUUUCUCGUAGAAGGUCUUAAAGAAUUUAGUGGGCCAUACAGUACAAUGAUUGAGAUUUCAUGGAUUUCUGGAGACCCUCAGAAACUAGGUCAUGUCAAGAGUUUGCUCGAAAACUUCAGGUUGCUUAUCUCUCGUUUAGAGGAAGUCGAUUUGAGGAACCUUAAUUACGAGGAAAAGUUGGCUUUCUGGAUAAAUAUACACAAUUCAUUGGUGAUGCAUACGUAUUUGGCUUAUGGAGUACCUCAAAACAAUGUCAAGAGAGCCUUUCUACUCUUGAAGUCUGCAUAUAACAUAGGAGGCCAUACAAUUAGUGUAGACACAAUUCAGAGUUGUAUUCUUGGCUGUCGGAUGCCUCGUCCUCGGCAGUGGCUUCGGCUCUUGCUUCCUUCAAGGACAAAAUUCAAGAUCGGAGAUGAACGACAAACAUAUAUAGUUGACCGUCCAGAACCCCUUUUACAUUUCGCCCUUUGUUCAGGGAGCCACUCUGACCCUGCGGUUCGUGUUUAUACACCUAAAAGAGUGUUUCAAGAAUUGGAAACUUCAAAAGACGAGUACAUUCGAGCCACGUUCGGUGUAAGAAAGGACCAAAAGAUUCUUCUUCCAAAGAUCAUCGAGUCAUUCGUAAAGGACUCUGGUCUAUGUUCAUUUGGGCUGAUGGAGAUGAUUCUCAAGAGCUUGCCCGAAUCUCUGAGAAAGAGUGUCAAACGAUCGCUGCUCGGGAAUCCUCGGAAGAUUGUCGAAUGGAUUCCUCCAAACUACACUUUCAGGUACCUGAUUUCUAAGGAGCUGAUCAUCUAAUUUGCUUGCUUGCAUUUUCUUCUUUUUUGGGAUCAACUCAAAUGCUGAAAUUUUUGUGCAUUGAAUUUGAUUUCUCAUUUGUACAUAGAAGAACUGUAAGCAAAGACAUCUGAUGAGAAUACAAAAGUGGACCUAUCUUAUUUUGUACUUGAAAUGUUUAUAUUAUCCUGAUCCCUUCAAUUUGUUGA